CUCUGUAAACUGGUGUAAAUACCCAGUUUUUCAAUAUUGUAUCAGGAUCGGCUUUGCUGAAGCUUACGGUUGUUAACUCAUACACGUAUAUGUAAUAAGUUAAAGGUAAAAUAAAUAUACUGUAAAUAAUGUCUUAUCAUGAAUGGUUGACUCAUUAGACGAAAGCUGAAACUGACAGGAUUUGACAAUAUACUGUAAUUACAUCCCAAAAAAUUAACGCGUACACUGCAACUCGAAACUCGGUUUAAAUUAUAAAUGAAUGAUAACGUGUGUUUUGAUGCCAUCGCGACGCGCCAGAAUCUGUCUGUGGUAUAGUGACAUGUAGGAACAAGCCCUGAACGUGGACACAAUUCCUGGAAAUCUUAUGAGAUAAAUGGGAGAAGUAUCGCUAUAUUAGUGACAGGCUCUUGACAGUAUUAGGACAAUGGGCAAGCAAAGUAGCAAACUGAAACCAGAGACGCUACAGGACCUCAAGACACAGACGAAAUUCAGCGAUACGGAACUCCUGGACUGGUACAAAGGAUUCCUAUUCGAAUGCCCUAGCGGGGAAUUGUCUGUGGAGGAAUUUCGUAAAAUGUACAGAAGUCUUUUCCCAAACGGGAAUGCUGAAAAAUUCGCCGAACACGUCUUUCGAGCGUUCGAUGAAAAUCGAGACGGGACUUUAGAUUUUCGUGAAUUCAUGUGUGCUCUUAGCGUCAGUUCGAGGGGAACAGUUGAAACAAAAGCAAAACUGGCCUUCAAGAUCUACGAUUUAGACAAGGAUGGAUUCAUAACUCAAAACGAAAUGGUGGAAAUUCUUAAGGCAAUGAACAAGAUGACAACAGAAAGCAAGAAAGGUCUAUCAGCUGAGGAGAAAACGAGAGAAAUUUUUCUGAGAAUGGACAAGAACCAGGAUGGGAACCUAUCGAUGUCUGAAUUCAUCAAAGGAGUACAAACUGAUGCCUCUAUCAUGCAUCUCCUCACAUCUGCCUCCAGUACAGACUGAACCAAUGUUCCAUAGAGAUCAGCACAAUCAAUAUUUCUGUGGUCAAAAACAUUCAGUUGAGUUUCAUAUCUCAGAUUAAGUGUUGUAUGUUCAUAUAAGAUAGUAACAAAAAACCCAAAUGAAAAUCCAUUCAAAUUGUUUAAAAAAGAAAUAUAAUGCCUUAAAAUGGACUUUGACCAUGGAACCUAAUCAACAUUAAAAUUUAUCAGGCA